AGAGAAGGAGGAGGAGGAGAGAGAGAGAGGGACUGGAGAGGGUUGCAUUGCAUGAAGAUCCGAUGAAAGAUAGCAGGCUAUUGCAAUAAGAGGGCAAGAGAGAGGGGUGGGGGCAGAAUGACGCUGAUUCGGGGCUAUUGAUCUCUCCCUCCCAAUCUAUACGGGGUCAGUAGUUUGAUCAGAGCGCGCGCAGGAUCACACAGAAGAGCCACACACGCGCUUUUGUAACAUGAAGCGGCGCGUAUAGAGCUAUCCAACAGGACACUCAUCACCAAUCCGAUCCAGUCUGUCUCUAACCUGAUGACGGGAGAUAAUAAGAUUAUCCAGCAGGACAGGAGAACGACGCGUUAUAUCUUUGGAGAAAAGUAACUGGUGUGGAUUGACAGCUGAUGGUGCGCUCGAGAUCAACAGAUCUGGCCAUGAAUCCGUUCAGAAUCUCCGCGCUGAUGAUGUUCCUCUUCGCAUCUGUUCAUAUCUCGUGCCCAUCGCAGUUCCCCAGUCCGCUCAUGAUAAAAGAAUGGGUAGAUCAACUGCAGCAGGAGCUGGUUUCUCUAGCAGACAUAGCCAGCGCUGGGAAUAAUCUAAGACAGAUCUUUAUGGAUAAUCAGAAUUAUUUCACUGUGAAAACAAAUAAUGCGGCACAGCUUGUGGAAACAGCGGCAAGGAAUAUAGAAAAUUUUUUGAAGAAGCGAGCCGCAGCUCUAGAGACUUUGGCAACUGCAGCAGAGAAUUUCCAAAUGGAGCAUCAAUGGAAAGAUGAAUUUGAAGAGGAUGAUAUAGUUUACUUUAAUGCCAAGGAUAAUCUUGAAGCCAAUGAAACAGAAGGAAGGAAAAACCGGAUCAGACCUGCAUUUAAAGAAGACCCGUCAUUCAAAAACCGCCUCACCUCCUACAACCAUACGGCAGUGCAUAUCCCCACGGACAUAUAUGACGGCUCCACCAUUGUGUUGAAUGAGCUGAACUGGACUGAAGCACUGGAAGACGUCUUUAAGAAAAACAGAGAAGAGGAUCCAACGCUACUAUGGCAGGUGUUCGGCAGCGCUACUGGAUUAGCUCGCUAUUACCCAGCUUCCCCUUGGAUGGAUGCCAGGAAAACGCCCAGUAAAAUCGACCUGUACGAUGUGCGCCGGCGACCUUGGUAUGUUCAAGGUGCCGCGUCGCCCAAGGACAUGCUGAUUCUUGUUGAUGCGAGUGGAAGUGUAUCUGGACUGACCCUUAAACUGAUCCGAACCUCUGUCAGUGAAAUGCUGGAGACACUUUCUGAUGAUGAUUAUGUCAAUGUCGUCCAUUUUAACACAAAAGUGAACAACACAGCAUGUUUCGACCACCUGGUUCAAGCUAACGUUCGCAAUAAGAAGAUCUUAAAAGAUGCAGUGCAGAACAUCACAGCCAAGGGCAUCACCAACUACACCAAAGGCUUCGAAUUUGCCUUCAAUCAGCUGUCAAAUCCAAACAUCACCAGAGCAAACUGCAACAAGAUCAUAAUGCUGUUUACUGAUGGAGGCGAGGAGAGAGCAGAGGAGGUCUUCAGCAGAUACAACAUUGACAAAAAGGUGCGUGUGUUCACAUUCUCUGUGGGUCAACAUAACUAUGACACCUGGCCAAUAAAGUGGAUGGCCUGUGCUAAUAAGGGAUAUUUCUACGAAAUCCCAUCCAUUGGAGCCAUUCGCAUAAACACACAGGAGUAUCUAGAUGUUUUGGGCAGGCCAAUGGUCCUUGCAGAUGCCAAACAAGUGCAGUGGACCAACGUGUACCUGGACGCUCUGGAGUUGGGCCUAGUCAUCACAGGCACGCUACCCGUGUUCAACAAGACCAAAUCCAGGAAGGGCGGAUCUCGAAACCAGCAUCAGAACCAGUUGAUUUUAGGAGUGAUGGGGGUGGAUGUGUCUCUCGAUGAUAUUAAAAGAUUGACGCCCCGCUUCACAAUUGGUCCUAAUGGAUAUUAUUUCGCAAUUGAUCCUAACGGUUACGUGCUGCUCCAUCCAAACCUGCAACCAAAGAACCCCAAAUUCCAGGAGCCUGUUACACUGGAUUUUCUGGAUGCUGAGCUGGAAAAUUAUAUUAAAGUCCAGAUACGGACUCUGAUGAUUGACAGAGACCCUGGGGAGAAAACAAUAGAAACGCUUGUGAAAUCUCAAGAUGAGAGAUACAUUGAUCGAGGAGUCAGGACGUACACCUGGGCGCCGGUUAACGGGACAGACUACAGCCUGGCCUUGGUUUUGCCUGAAUACAGUCUGCAUUACAUCGAGGCAAACAUGGGGGACACUAUAAAACAAGCCAUGUCACAAUGGGGAAACAAGGCCUUUGAAACCAUGCAGCAGGAGAAAUUUGAGGAAUAUGGGUACACCUUUAUUGCACCCAGGGAAUACUGCAAGGACCUCAAAAUCUCAUCCAACAACACCCAGUUUCUGAUGGACUUCAAUGAGUAUAUUGACAGGAAAACUCCAAAUGAUCCUCUGUGUAAUCUCACUCUUGUAAACCGGCUGCUGCUGGACGCCGGUCUCACAGCAGACCUUGUCAAUGUCUGGAAGGAUCAGAAUGUAGAUGGAGUUUUGGCCCAGUUUGUGGCUACAGAUGGAGGCAUUACACGUGUGUAUCCUAAAAGUGCCGGGGAAGAAUGGGGUGAAAACUCUGAGACCUAUGACUCAAGUUUUUACAAAAGGAGUCUGGACAAUGACAUAUACAUCUUCACCGCCCCAUACGUCAACAGGAGCAGAGAGUCUGGUUAUGAGUCCGGUAUCCUUGUCAGUAAAGCAGUGGACUUGGACAUUAAUGGAGCAAAACUCAAACCUGCUGUGGUGGGAGUCAAACUCAACGUGUCGGCCUGGAUGAACAGCUUCAUAAACGCUACCACCAAGAAAAAUUGCAAAGAUGAGAUCUGCGGGUGCCUCCGAAAUGAUAAGCAAGUGGACUGCGUGAUUCUGGAUGAUGGCGGAUUUCUGCUCAUGUCCAAUCAGGAUGAAUAUAUCACACAGAUAGGUCAGUUCUUUGGUGAAGUGGACCCUGUUCUGAUGAUCACUUUGGUCAAUACCUCGCUGUUCUCUUUUAAUAAAACCUACGACUACCAAUCCGUCUGCGACCCGGAGAGAGAAACUAAAGCUGCUGCCGGACCCCGCUCUAUAUAUGUGCCAACGAUAGCAGAUAUGCUGACUGUAGGCUGGUGGGCCUCCACUGCGGUCUGGUCAGUUUUGCAGCAGCUACUUCUCAGUCUGACUCUCCCAAAUAUAGUGGGAACAGCAUUCCUCAGAGGGCAGACAGAUCUGUUGAGAACUGCGAGAACUGUUUGUUUUAAUGACUUUCCUACCUUUUUUCCAAGAAUGUACCGGGCUGAGAAGCUCCCAAACACAAAUUUGGUUUUUUUGAUCUCUGACGCCAAGAGUUCCUGUCUGUCCUGCGAUCCCAAACCACUGAGACAAGCUGAACAGCCCUCUACUGGUCCUGAUCCAUGUGUGCUGACCCAGAACCCUCGGUACAGGAAAGGACCGGACGUCUGCUUUGACAACAACGCAGAUGAGGACGCGUCUGACUGUGGUGGUGGCUGCAGUUUGAGUCCGUCUCUCUGGCUGAUGUUGGCUCUUCAGCUCCUUCUACUCUGGCUGCUUACUGGAACCAGAACCUGUUUGUCCUGACCAGAGCACAUCUACAGACUAGAAACAACAACUACUGACUGAACUGCUUAUUAUACAGACCACAACAUAACCACACUUCGACUAUAUGACCUAAGAUUGUUUGUUUGUUAGUCAACCCAAAACAAUACGACUAAUGCAGAUUCAAACUCUACUGUAAAAUUGACACGACUCAUCAACUCACUGCCAAAUACUGCCCUCUCAGACCAACCAGAAAAAGCAACACAGUCAGACACGAGAGACAUAUAUACACUUAUCUUUUUGACUUUUUAACACAGGAACCACGUUAUGACCACAGAAAUGGUUCAUGCAAAAUGUUUAGUGCCGCAAAUAUAAUGUGUCAACAAUGUGGUCAGAGACGGCUUGCAGCACCAGCCCGGAUCUGAAGCGGGGUUUAAUGGGACAGGAAAGACUGUUCAGCUCUGGAGCUCAUUAUGAAUUCUGCUGGAAGUGAGCUUUGCAGCAGUAGUAGGUCAGUGAUGUCACACCCAAGCCCUUUAGGCCCAUCAAGGGCUGUUUUUCUUGUUUUAUGUUCUUUGAUUUCUCUGGUAUGUGCAGUAGGGGAAAUCUCAUGAAGAAAUCUGUAAGUCAUAUUUCACCUCAACAUUAAAAGAUAUGAAUAUA